AUGGCAGCGGCGGCGCUGCUGGCGGUGCUGGCGGUGCCGCUCCCGCUCCUCCUGCUCCUCCCGCUCCUCCCGCUCCUCCUCGGGGCCGCGCGCCGCCUGCGCCGGGCGCGCUCCCGACCGGGGGGGCCCCGCGCGCUCCCGCGGGGCGGGCGCGCGCUCGUGGUGACGGCGCACCCCGAUGACGAGGCGAUGUUCUUCGCCCCCGCCCUGCUCGGCCUGCGCAGGGCCGGGGCCGCCCCCGCCGUGCUCUGCUGCUCCGCAGGAAAUUAUUACAAUCAAGGAGAGAUCCGUAAGAAAGAGCUGGAGCAGAGCUGUCGUGUCCUGGGGAUUCCUGAGUCCGAUGUCACAGUCGUUGAUCACAGGGAUCUUCCAGAUAACCCUGCUGUUGAAUGGGACACACAUCUCCUCGCCACCAUCGUGCUGAAGCACAUAGAGGCCAAGAACAUCAACCUGGUGGUGACCUUUGAUGCGGGAGGAGUGAGUGGCCACGCAAACCACAUCUCUCUUUACUCUGCUGUCAGGUACCUGCAUUCAGAGGGGAAGUUACCUGAAGGGUGCCGUGUGCUCGUGCUCGAGUCAGUAAAUCUCUUGAGGAAGUACAUUUCCUUCCUGGAUGUGCCCAUCUCCUGCCUCCUGCCCAGGGAUGCCCUGUUCAUCCUCACAGAGGAGGAGACCGAGCAAGCCAAGAGGGCCAUGCGGUGCCAUCGCAGCCAACUGCUCUGGUUCCGUCACCUCUACGUGCUCUUCUCACGGUACAUGGUGGUCAAUUCUCUGCACCUCCUGUAGCAGGACGUGGCUCACAACUCCAGGAGAGAAGAAUGACCAAAACAAAAGGACCAUGCCAAGCCCAGGACUAAAAGAAACUCCUGUGUUAUGGGCUGGAGAGGAUGGGAUGCUCUUUGUGCAGCAUUCUGCAGGCUACAGAAACCAGGAGUGGGAACUUCCCUCUGAAUGUCUUGUUGCCUGAUAACUUGAGAUGAACAGGGUUUAACAGCUGCUCUGUUUUCUCACUGUAGAAGCUUAACUAGGAUGAGAAAUUUGGAUUAACUUAAUUAGGAGUUGAGUACAGGAGUAUUCUGCACUGGAGAAGAUGUGGCAAAAACUAUUUCCCCAAGAAGAUACAGCUGCAAGGACUGCUUGGCAACUGUCUCUUGGUGCUUUUGUAAAGUCCAGGUAUCAGGAGGAACUUUUCAAAGGACACGCUAUCUCCACAGAUACCAGAUCUACAAAGACAUUCCUUAUUCAGUCAGAACUUUAAAAAGCCAAAGCUUUUGAAUAAAACAUCAGAAAUAAUACGAAUUUCUCUAACUGCACUGAUCUUUGCUGUUGCUGCUGCUUCUUUCAUACAUAUUGUGUUGCAGGCUCCACCUCCUCAGAGUGUCCCUCAUGAAACACGAGCAUUUCUUCUUGCUUCAGAACGUGGGGCUCAAGAUCAACUCACAAGAGUCUCAGCAGGACGUAGGAAUGAGGUGCAAGACACCCAGACUGUAACUAUGUCUUUUAUAUGGUGACUUAAAC